UCGCUUUCGUUCAUUUUCACCAGCAGGCGAGAAAAUGAAAACUUUGUGCGACUCGAAAUCGAUGUGGUUUUAAAUUCGGUAUUUUGUGUUACCCAACGUUUCAAUUUGGGGUAGUGUAGUAAACGUGGAUAUCGUGAACUUUUUGGUCAAAUUAAAAUGGUUAAAAAGAAGUCUAGCGAGUUCAGGGAUGACGACUCGUCGACGGAGUCGAACGACGACAUCAAGGGACUGAACUAUGUGACCGCUGGACGGGAAUGCUGUCCUCACGUGAAGCAAUCGAUAACUCCAACCGUCGUGCAAAGAAUGGUAAGAACGGCUGGACUGCGUAAACAGUGCGCAAAAUGUGGUGAUGGACAAUCGAAGCCGAAGCUACCUGCGGAGGAAGCAGUUGUUGGACAGGAAGAGGAAGGUUUCGAAAUCGAAGAAGACUCCAGCCUGUGGCUCUGCCUGAAGUGCGGCACACAACUGUGCGGUCGCUACCGUAACAAGCACGCAUUGGAACAUUUUAAGACUCCCCACUCGGAUCAGCAUGCUUUGGCAUUGAAUACGACUAACUUUAAAGUUUGGUGCUAUGCUUGCGAUAUCAACGUAAAUCCAAAGUCCCAUUCUAGACUGGUGCAAUGCAUUGAAUUUGUGACACGCGAAGCGGGUAAGGCAAAAAGCAUUCAAACACCCGAGGUGUUUGACAUCGAAUACAAACUGCGCGCCACAGCCGAAUCGAUCCGUGCUGUCAUGGGGGACGUUUUACCGAUACCAGUUGCCUCCGGAUCAACCUACGCCGGUUAUACUCAGCCGCAAACGAAUAAUGCUGCUGCUGCUCCUACUACUACUGCAGUCACUGUUCCAAAUUAUCGCGACAUUCGACUGGAUGGAGUCACCAAAAAGACACUCCCACUAGCUCUGUCACCAAUCGGUAUCGUAGACAGUUUGCCACGCGUUCGCGGUCUAUCCAAUCUAGGCAAUACCUGCUUCUUCAACGCCGUCCUUCAAUGUCUCGCUCGGACACCCUAUCUGCUCGAUGUGCUGAAAGAAUCCGCCGAGAAGGGCGAAAAGUUUCAACUGCCCGGCGGUCUGCUCAAGCUUAAGGACGGCACCGAAACGGAACUGCGACCGAUUGUCGGUGAGCUGAAUCCGUGGGGCGCCCUGACCCAGGUGCUGGCCGAAACGCUCGGCGAACUGCAGGCCGGCGCCAGCGGGGUCUUCUCACCGGACAGGUUGCUGAAGCAGCUGAUCAACAAGUGGCCCCAGUUUGCCGGAGCCGAUCAGCACGAUUCGCACGAGCUGCUGCGGCAUUUACUGGAGAGCGUCCGCAAUGAGGAUUUGAGAAGAUACCAGCUGGUGAUUCUGCUCUCGCUGGGCUACGCCAAGAAUGUCGACCCGCAAAGCGUCGAGGACGCGAUGAAGGAGAAGAUCAAAUUUUACGGCUCGCAAGCUUCCGACCGGAUCAUCCGGCCGGAGCCGGUUUUUCGGGGCUUUCUGGUGUCCACGCUGACCUGCCAGGACUGUCAGCACGUCUCUUCCCGGCAUGAAUCCUUCCUCGAUCUAUCGCUGCCGGUCAGUGCGGAGAAACCUCAGCCUCCGAUCCGCCGGAAAGGUAGCCCCGAACUGGACUUUGCCAGCAGUGGUAGCAGUGCCCCAGCUAGCAACAGACCGCUCAGCAAGGUGGAACGGCGACGCAUGAAGAAGGGAACCCGCAACAAGCGGGAAAAACCAUUGCUGAACCUAAACCCUGGCACCGAAGAGGCCAAUGCGACAGGUGCUGUAGUAACCACCGUUGCUGGUGGUGGUGCAGCGGAUGGUGCCGGUGAUGCCGGAGGAGGAGGAGGGGAUGCCGAUUCCGGAGCAGACGACGACGGCAUGUCCGAUGCGGACGUUGAAGAUAAUCUGACGGAUGAUUCGCAACCCAAGAAGGCCGCGCUGGCCGGAGUUGAUCAGAAUGGCAAUCAAGCAGCUGGAACACCGAUUGGGCCGGAGAAAUGUGAUGACACUCCGGAAAACCCCAACAAGGAGGUUCCAAUCGGUGAUGGUAAUGUGGUUUGCGAGCUGGGAUUGAGUGCUGAAGGUGUGGUGAAUAUGAUGGAGAAAAUGAGCUUGAAUAGUAACGAUGGUGGUGGUGGUGGGAAGCAGGAACAGGAACAGGAUGCCAAAAAAGCGAAGAAUCGUCGUCAGCGAACGUACAGUCACGCUGACUGGGGCAGCACCUUGGCACCGCGCUAUCAAUGCGAAGACAAUGAGUGUUCCAUUCAGUCGUGCUUCAACAGUUUCACGGCCGUGGAGCUAAUGACGGGCAACAACAAGGUCUGCUGCGAUGCAUGCACCGAACGGAUCAACGGCAAGGACGGCAAAUCAGUUAACACUAACGCAACGAAACAAUUUCUCAUUUCAUCUCCUCCCGCUGUGCUGAUUUUGCAUCUCAAACGCUUCCAAGUGGGACCGCGUGGAUCGCUACGAAAGAUGACCAAAUCCGUCACUUUUCCCUUCGUGCUAGACAUUGCACCGUUCUGUGGUUCUCGCGUCAAAAAACUCCCAAACGUUAAGCCAGGUCAGAAGAAACUACUUUACUCACUGUACGGUAUCGUAGAACAUUCGGGCACGAUGCACGGUGGCCACUAUGUGGCCUACGUUAAAGUCCGUCCGCAACUGUCGCGCAGCGACAAACGGUGGGAGUUUCUUCCGAAGGGGUCCCGUGCCGAGCUGGACCAGGAGGACGAAGAAGCUCUUCAGCUGGAACGAGAUUUGGCCAAAGAGCAGGCCCGCCAACUGAUUAGCAACGUUGGUAACGCACGCGAUAGUGACGAUGCACUGACUUCUUCCAGCAGUUCGACCAGCAGAUCAUCCACCGGGACCACAUCGGAUGGCGAAGACGAAGGAGCCGUUGGUUAUACUCCCCGGCCGGAGCUGCUGCCGGACGUGGAACCACCACCUGGCAAGUGGUACUACGUUUCCGACAGUCACGUCCGUGAGACGACCGAGGACAGUGUGCUGAACGCACAGGCCUAUCUGCUGUUUUACGAGCGGUUCUUCUAAGUAACUUUGUUCGUUUGUUGGUUGUCCUUGCCGUCGUUCCGACCGGACGGUUGCGUGCGUUUUAUCUUGAAUGGGUGCAUUUACAAACGCAUGCCACGCUGAAUGAUUAGAUGGCAAUCCUUUAAAAACGUGCAAAUUAAUUUAUUUGAAAUUAAUACCGAUUAAAGCCAAUGCAAAAUCAUUGACUUAGCUACUUUUUUGUAUAGCAAUCCUCGAAAGUAUGAAACAAUACUUUCACCACAGUCGAGUACUACCUACGACAUCUAGAAGAUCUAGGCUGGAGCUGGUUCUAUAGAAAUCCGGAAGAGUUGCGAGAGCUGUACUAUUGCGAAGUGAAAGAACACAUGACCAGCUCACUUCAAAGCAGAUUUGCAUCACGAUCGGUCAUCGGAACACAAAAUUUAAUCAAUAAAAUUUCAACUUCUACCUUUCUUUUUGCCUAUCCUACUGCGAGUGUCAAUAUAUUAUAAAUAUAUGAAUAAAACUGUAAUUAUUGUGCUUCUCUUUUUCGAAAUAUAAUAAGACUAUUG